AUGUCUGACCACUUCAAUGUCUUGUUUGCUAUUGACUUAAUUAAGCCAAACAACAAGCAUUCAAUCUUGAUGUGUCGAAACAUCAAGAAGAUUCAGCCAGAUAGUUUCAGACUUGACUUGGUUAAUUCAAACCUCCUCACUGAUCCUCCCCCUGAUGUUGAGGACCAUGUUGUCCCUUUCCAUGACACCCUCACAUCUCUUCUAGACAAACAUGCUCCGGCAGUUGAGAAGAAUGUGAUACUUCGUCCUCAUGCUCCAUGGUAUGACGAGUCCAUUCGUCGUUCUAAGACACAACGGCGCAGAGCAGGUCAGUGGCGUAAGACACGCCUGGAAAUUCACAGGCAGAUAUAUCAACAGUGCCGAAAUGCUACCACCUCUUUAAUCAUCUCUGCUAAAAGGAAAUAUUGUCUUCACAGUAUACAGAAUAGUAUGGGGAAACCUGCUUCCCUUUACAGGUUUAUGAAUAAACUGCUUGGUAAAGGAGGUGAUGGUGAUAGAGUACCUCCCGGACAAAGUCACAUGGAACUCGCAGACUCGUUCAACUCAUUUUUCAUUUCAAAGAUUGAUACCAUUCGACAAGGACUUUCAGCCAAGGAAGUUGAUAGGUGUUUCAGUGAACCUCUUUUCACAGGCGAUCCACUAACACAGUUUGCACCCUUCACCCCCAAGGACAUUGAAUCAAUUAUCCGCUCUUCAAAGCCUACCACUUGCGACUCCGACCCCAUACCAACUAAACUUCUGUUUCAAUAUCUUGACUUGUUGCUGCCAAGCAUUACCAAAAUUGUCAACUCAAGUUUGGGGAGUAGUGUAUUUCCAUCCAGAUUCAAACAUGCUGUAGUCAAACCUCUGCUAAAGAAACCUGAUCUUGACUCUCAGAAUCUUCAGAACUAUCGACCUGUCUCAAAUUUAUCCUUCAUUUCCAAGAUAAUUGAGAAGGCCGUGCAUGUCAGACUCAAAGACCAUCUCUCUAAACAUCUUCUGCUUGAUGAAUUCCAGUCAGCGUAUCGGCAAUACUAUAGUACGGAGGCUGCGUUACUGCAAGUGACGAAUGGGCUUCGUUGUGCUGGGUAG